AUUCACCUCCAACUCAACCUGCAUACAAAUUAAGAAACAGAAUCAACCAGUCAAUCCAUGAUAACACUGUUGCUAUGCCCUUGAAAAGCAUAAUCCGGCGGAGACUACUGUCUCUGCUCCAGCCAUGGCUGCUAGAAGAGCCUCAACUCGAUCUCAAAUUAGGGUUCCUCAACUCUCUCGCCGUUGCCAAGAACCUCCGCUUCGACGUCUCGAUUCUCAACCAGCUCUUCGACGCUCCUGCUCUCUUGUUCUUCAAGGACCUAACCGUCGAACGCCUCACCGUUCGAUUCUCAAGCUGGCACUCGCCGGCCUUUACAAUAGAAGUCCAUGGCGUUCGCGUCGUGCAAUCUUUCGAGAAGCCGGAAGAAGACGGAUGCGCGAGACGGUUGCGGACGUCGAAGUAUGAUUAUUCGGAUUAUCUCAGAAACAAUCUUUCGGCACUUGAUCCUGAGGGUUGCUCGUUGCAUCACAUUUUGGAGAGGAUCUUAUUUGCUGUACCUGAGGGGAAAGAUUUUACAACAUCUUUUUUGAGUCUUAUUCUGAAAAACUGUCAUCUAGAGGCACAUCGCAUUCAUGUGGAGGUUCAAUUCCCCAUCUUAAAUGAUGCGUUUUUGUGUUUUGGAGAAAUAAAGGAGUUUAGUGCAAGAUCUAAGUAUCUGGAUCAAAAAUGUCUUCUUAGAGGUUUUCUCAGUACACUUUUUGUUCCGAUGAAAGAGAGUUCAUUUACAUUAAACGUCAUUGGAUUCAGAGUUGGAUUAAUUAGAAAGCAUCACGUGAACCGUGUUUUGCUUUCAUCAGAUUUGCAGAUUUUCAUUAAAUUUAGAGAUCUUAAGCUGGUAGAUUGCACUCUCUGUUUUCCAGAACUGUUUUUUUCAUUAUCUCCAGAUGACAUAUCUAUAUGUCUACUUUUUUACAAAUUGCUAUCUGGUGAGUACAAUCAAGCUAGAGGUGCGAGAGAACUAUGGAGAAUAGCUUCCAACAGAAUUGGCCAUGUGAUUAUAACUCCUAGAUUGUCAUUGCAAAGAUUGGUUGGUAUUAUAGGUCAAUGGAUACACUAUGUCAAUGCUUACGAGAAUAUCUUGCUUCUAAUUGGAUAUUCUACUUGCCACAUAUGGAAAAAGUCCAUUUCUAAGAUGUCUCAUAACAAACUAAUUUUGAGUUCUGCUAGAAACCAUUGGGAGUUGAUCUCUGACAUUGAGAAAAAGUUGCCUGUUGAAGGCAUUGCACUGGCAAGGCGAAUAGCCCGUCAUAGAGCAGCACUGAAAGUUCCAUUUGAUUGUCAUGAGGAAUGUGUGACCAGAAGUAAUUUCUUUCGCCCUUUUCUUUUUAUACUGACAUUUAUGUGGAAAGAAAUGUCAAGGAUAAUCUAUUGCCUAGUGAACAUCUCUUUUGGGAAAAAUGUAGUGCAAGAUCCAGAUAUUGAUGGAUGUUGUUUGGGAAGUCUUAUCGAAGAUCCUUGUCAAAGAAGUUGUUUUGUGCUGAACUUUGGGAAAAUCAUAAUGACAAUUUCCCAAAUCAAUGAAAUUCAACCAUCUGUAUGUGAGAAGUUACAGUCACGCACUGGGAUUGCAUACUCAGAUUUCCUUUCAAUAUGUUUCUGUAUUGAUGCUUUGUUAUUAGUAUCUGUAAAAGAUAUUUUUGAACAGAGAGUCUUUCUAUCAUGUGGGCAAAUGAAGGUUGAAACUGCACCUUUUACAAUGUCAGCAGACACUAGUACAAUGCAUACACUUAGUUCAACUAAAGGAAACGGAAAGGAAGAUAUUGAUGUUAUGGAAUCAAUUUUGUGGAUUGAACCUGCAAAAAUAUUUCUCCUUUCCGAAACUAAUGCUGCCCAGGCUGAAGACUCUUGUCAUUCUUAUAUUGAAAGCUUUAUGGGAAAAUUGUCCGUGAGUUGGAAAGGAAUUUGCAGCAAUUUUAAUGCAAGUGAGAUUGAGUAUUCUGAAAAUCCGUGCCUUCUCAGUAAAGUUGAGAUAUCUUCCACAAUACCAGACCAUAGGAAUUCAGAUUUUGGAUUUUGUGAAUGUGGUUUAAUGCUGGGAAAGUUAAAUUUAGUUUUGACUCAUUCUUCAGUAUCAUCGGUGUCUCUAAUUCUUAGUCAGAUACAACAUACUGUUUGCAGGGAGGACAGGAGGGAAGCAUGCAUUACUUCAAAUUUUGUGGGCGAAAUAGAAAAUGCUUGGGUUAACAAAUAUGACUGUUAUUCCAAAGGAUUGAUUAUGGCCUUGCUUCAAAAGCUUCCAGAGGAACAAAUUCAUUUUGGAAUGUUUGUUGAUGGUCCUUCUGUAAGAUUUUCACACAGAAGGGGGGCCAAUCUUGGUGGUCAAGACGUUAAUGACAUUAUCAGUCAGGAUAAUUUUGACCUCACUUUUGAUUUCCAUGAGAUUGAAGUGGCUGUUGGUUCCCCUUCUGUAUUUGAUAUGACAUCAUUGACAAGUCAAUUGGGGCAUGGAGAUGCCAAAGCUGAGUCUAUUGCAUUGGAACCUCGGGUGAUUGAAAUUCCAAAACCGAAUAAUGAUAAAUAUGCAUCUUUUGGAAAGAUUUCAACUAGUUCCUACCUUCAUCUGAAUGGGUUAAAUGCUUGUCUGGAGAAGUCAGCAGAAAACCAUCAGAUUCAACUUUUUAUGUUGAAGCCAAUCACUGUCCAGAUAUUAUCCUUUAGGGAUUAUGUUUAUUCAUUGAGCACAACAAUGUCUGCCUUUUCAGCUGCUCUCGACAUAACGUCAGGAGGAUUCACUGUUUUGUCCUUUUUGGAUGAGAUGUAUAUGAUCUUUAAGGCAGUUGCAAGUUUAUCUUCUGUGGUAUCUUAUCUGUUCAGUAGCUUUGAAGAUGUUGAUUGCAUACGUCCUGAAAUUAUGAAACAAGAGGCAUUGUUUGCAGGACCUGAUAGCAGUGAGGCCACUAUACGAGGGGCUUUACUGGCAAAUAAUAUCUGCCCUUUUUUUAUUAAUGGGACCUGCAGAUUUAAGUCGAUGGAUGUCAUUCUUCAUAAUUCUAGGACGAGUAGUAAUUUGGAAAGUUAUACCAGAAAGUUUGACUUUUUAACCAGCAACAAAUUGGCUGAGCAAAAGUUUCCUGACUUUGGAAUUUGGAUUUCUUUUCAGCAGGCAACUACUGUAAUAUCUUGUGAAGAAGGGAAAAUGGAUCUCCUCACUGAUUUAUCAGAAGUCAUGUCUUUUGUUUUUGAAUAUCAGAACUCAAUUGGAAACAGCAAUGAUCAUGUUGUACUUGAAAAUCUUGUAUUGCGCUCUGUUAAUUGUUUACAUGAAAUAUCUCUUUCUAGUUUCGCAUUUACUUUAUGUUUGGGUCUGGAUCAGAAUACUUCAUCUUUGGGAAAUGAGAGCAAAACUAUUGGUAGUUUUAAUUCUGAUGGUAAUAUAUCUUACUUGGUACGAGAAACCAAUUUGACAGUUUCUGAAAGAUCAAAUAAUCAAUCUCUCUGCUUAGUUAAAAAAAUGGGGUCUCCUACAAAUACCAGUGCGCCAGCUUUAGCAAGUCGCUGGUUACUAAUAAAUGUUGCAGUGACUAAUAUCUUCAUAGGAAGAUACUCAAUGAAGAGUGAUCUGGUUCAAGCACAUAAAUCAAAUAAGCUUCAGGCAUUGCUUUCUAUCGGUGGAGAGUUUCGUUUGAUAUCCUGGGAGAUCCAGGGUGGUCUAAUUGUUCUUGAAACAGCAUCUUUGGCAAUGGCCAUUGAUAACUAUUCUUCAUAUCUUCACUAUAUUGGGAAUCUCACUUCUCAUGCACAGCAACCUAAUAAAGGUAUCAGGAAGGCACAUCAUGACAAAGAGAGCGAUGAUCUUGAUGAUGAGAUUGAUCAAGGGACUGUUAGCACAUCUCAACAAGCUGAAAGUGGAUUGCCGGAUGCAUUUGACUUAUCUUUGUCUUACUUUUCUCUUGUUUUAGCACUUGAAAACGAAUCUGGUGGUAUCCGAGAAAUUGUACUGGAAGUUGAUAUCCAUCUGAAAUUUGAAUUGGCAACUAUUGGGAGAAAAUUAACAGUUGACCUUUCUCGUCUGUCAAUCCUUUCUCAAAUUAUUCAUGAGAGAGUGGAUGAUGAAACAUCAAUUCCUCAUUUUUCUUCUGUCACAUCAAAAGAUUUGUCAUCUCACCUUGCAUCUGCAGAUCCUUUUUCAGGAUUUCAGAACUAUGGUGAAUUGAAAUCAGUUAGUGAUGCAAGUAGUUCAAAAGAGCCUGUUCCUCUCCAGUUAAGUCAUCGGAACCAAAUUUUGAAAGCAUUAAGAGCUUUCAUGUCACUAGAAAGGCCAGAUAAUGGUUCUUUGCAUUUGUCUCGGUGUUGGUUUGGCAUUGGUUCUCUUUCAGGUUUUGAUAUAACACUUUCUGUAUCUGAAAUUCAGACAAUUUUGUCAAUGGCCUCCUCACUCUCUGGGAUAUCCAGUCAGAAUACAGUAAGAGAAUUGGAGAGAAACCAUUGUUCUACUAGGCAUGAAGUUGACAAUAGUUUGGAAGCAAUGAUUCCUGAUGGGGCAAUUGUUGCUAUUCAAGAUGUCAACCAACACAUGUAUUUUACUGUUGAAGGAGAAGAAAAGACUUUCAGUAUUGGCGGUGUCAUUCAUUAUUCUCUUGUAGGAGAAAGGGCUCUUUUCAGGGUCAAACACUGCAUCCAAAGGAGAUGGAAGUCUACAGUUUUGUGGUUUUCUUUGGUAUCAUUGUUUGCUAGGAAUGAGAUGGGUGUGCCAUUGAGAUUAAAUUUUCGGCCAGGAUCAUGUUUUGUUGACGUCUCCUGUACUAAUGAUGGAGGAUGUGCACUCUGGCGAGUCUAUCCUCUUGAGAGUGAAAAUUAUGAAGGAGUUACUGACUGGGAGGCUUGCAAUCAAUCAGUGAAGAGAACUUUCUACCUUUUGAACCAAAAGAAUAACUGUGCUAUUGCUUUUGCUGAUGGUGCUCCAGAAUUUGUCAGGAAGCCGGGGAAUCCAAUCAAGUUCAAAGUUUUUAAUGAUCUUUCUGUUCCUUAUGAUGUUUCAGAGACAGCUAGCUACCCGAGAAUGGCACCGCAAACUAGUUUGCAUGCUAAUGAAGAAAGUACUUCUUGGCAGUGUGGAAAAAUUCCGUGUAUUGAUAUUAAAAUUGAGAAAAUUUCUCUGAAUAUUGUUCAUGAGCUUUCGGAUACAGAAGAUCUCUUCCCUCUCAUUCGGUUAUUCGUCAACAAUACACAACUUAUCAUACAAAGUUUAGCUACAAAAUCCCGGGUCAUAAGCACAUCAAGUGCAGUACUACAUUAUUUUGAUGCUCAAAGGAAUUUAUGGGGAGAGUUUCUCCAUCCUGUUGAAAUUUGCUCUUUUUACCGAUGUAAUGUUCAAGUCCAGCUUUCAGAAUAUGCAUCUCGUGCUGUUCCUGUUAAUUUCUUCUGCAGAAUUAAAGAGCUGGAUGUAUCCCUAAGUGAGAAUUCGUUGGAUGUGCUUCUCUUUAUGAUUGGGAAAUUGAACCUUUCUGGUCCUUAUUCACUGCGAAGCUCCAUGAUUCUGGCUAACUGCUGCAAGGUGGAGAAUCAGUCAGGCUUAAAUCUUCUUUUUCAUUUCAAUCAGCAAGGGGUAACAAUACCCAGAAAACAGUCUGCCUCCGUUUUAUUAAGGAGGCUAUCUGACUUUAAAAAUCGAGAUUCAGAAGCUGCAACUUCUAUUUCUAUCCAACUUGCUGAUUUUGGUUCGCUUGCAACUUCUUCUAUUCAUCUCUUACUUUCACAAACACAAACUUUUGCUUGGAGAACCCGAAUAAUGUCAAGAGAAGAUUCAAGAACAUUCCCCGGGCCAAUGUUUGUGGUUAACAUUUCUAGAAGUUCAGAGGUUGGUUUGUUUGUUGUGGUUUCGCCUUUGAUCAGAAUACAUAAUGAAACUGCGUUUUCAAUGGAACUUCAAUUCCAGCGACUUGAGCCAAAGGAGGAUGAGUUUGCUUCUGUGUUGUUGAAACCAGGGGAUUCAAUUGAUGAUUGCAUGGCGAUGUUUGACGCUAUAAACUUCUCUGGGGGAGUAAAGAGGGCUUUAAUGUCUUUAAGUGUUGGUAACUUCUUAUUUUCAUUUAGACCAAAAAUAACAGAGGACUUGGUAAACUCUGAAAAUUCUCUUUCAUUGGAAUGGUCGGAUUAUAUUAAAGGUGGAAAAGCUGUCCGUCUAUCUGGAAUAUUUGAAAAACUAAAUUACAAAGUUCGCAAGGCUUUAUUUGUAAAAUCAGUUAAAUGUUCCUUUAGCACAGCACAUUGCAUCCUCAAGUCUGAGGGUGUAUGUAUAGGCACUAUGCAUUUUCUCAUUCAGACAAUCGCCAGAGAUAUCCCAAUUGCACCACAUGAAAAGUCUGCAGCUGUGUUAAAAAACGAGAAUUCAACAGUUUCAUUGCUAGAGCAGAAAGAAAUAUAUCUUCUUCCUACUGUACGGAUGACCAAUCUAUUGCAUUCUGAGAUAGAUGUCCUUUUAAGUGAAACAGAUCAGUUGAAUCUGGUCGGAUAUGACAAAAUUGGGAAGCAGGCAACUAUAUCAUAUGGUUCAACUGUUGACUUUUAUGCCAAUCCAGCAGUUAUAUACUUCACUGUUACUCUAAGUUCUUCUAAUUUAAGUUCCAAGCCCAUAAAUAGUGGGGAUUGUGUGAAGAAGUUACUGAAGCAGAACAAUGAUGUCCAACAUCUGGAUAUAAAUUUGGACUUUGAUGAAGGAAAUUUUUUUGCAACUUUGAGACUGUACCGUGGAAACAGGGGCAUGCUGGAGGUUGUUAUUUUUGCAUCCUAUUCCAUGAAGAAUGAUACAGACUUUCCGAUUUAUGUUCUUGCAACUAAAAGGUGGCCUCUAUCCAGAAUUGAAUUAGACAAUUUGAAUUCAAACAUUCUAUCGGAGCUAGGCACAUGUUUGCCUCCAAAGUCAAACAGAUCAUGGUUCUUAAAAUCUGAAAGAGUGCAAUUGAAAUUGCUGGAUGACCAUACAUCUGACGCACGACUAGACUUGGGUUCUUUAUCAGGCCUUGCAGAAAUAAGCUUUAAGAAAGAAGAAGGAUCUGGGAUUAAAUCUGUAACAAAGCUUGGAGUGUCUAUUGGUCCUUCUUCAGGAGAAAUUGUUGUGCCAUCACAAACGGUGACUUUGGUUCCACGAUAUGUUAUUUGUAAUGAAUCUGAAGGAUGUAUCACUGUUCGCCAAUGCUAUUUUCAGGACGAGGUGGCAGGUGUUAUCUCCGUUGACAGCAAACAGAGAAUGCCAAUUCAACUGAAGGAAGGAAUUAGCAAGACAAGAGAGUUCAGUGUAUUUGAGCAUUUCAUCAGAAAGCACAGAAGUUCCAGUGACAAUUCCUUGCUAUAUAUUCAGAUUCAAACAAAUGAGCCUGGAUUUGGAUGGUCUGGGCCAGUGUGUAUAGCUUCACUAGGGCAUUUUUUCCUAAAAUUCCGAAAACAGACUAGUGAAGUUACAAUUUCAGACAACACAAUGACACAAUUUGCAGCUGUUCACGUAGUAGAAGAAGGUUCUACUCUUGUUUUGAGUUUCUGUAAGCCACCAAAUCUGAGUCUGCCAUAUCGAAUUGAGAAUUGUUUGCAUGGUCUAUCAAUAACUUAUUAUCAAAAGGGUUCAUUAGAGCCAGAGGUUCUGGGACCUGCAUGCAGUGCUGAUUAUGUCUGGGAUGAUUUAACCCUUCCUCGUACACUGAUUGUCCGGAUCAAUGAUAGCCUUCAAUUACGAGAGAUUAAGUUGGAUAAGGUGCGAGCAUGGAAAACUUUUUACAAACUUGGGCAACAAAGAGUGUUGGCUCCACGUUUGCCUUUAGACAAAAGAUCAAGAGAACAGAUGGCGAGUUUCAGUGAGCAUAAUGGCAUGGAGAUGGCAAAAGUGGGGUAUGAAAUAUAUGCAGAGGGACCAACCCGAGUUCUGCGAAUUUGUGAGAUCUUUGAUAGUUUCAAGAGAGAUACUGUUCUUGAUUUGUGUGCAAAAAUUCAACUGAGAGUUUCUCAGUUUGCGGUUCACCUACUUGAACAUGUAAAACAGGAGGAAGAUGAGAAUGAGCACAAAGAUUUUACACCAAUUGUAGUUGCAAAGCUUGGGAAUUUGCAUAUGAUUACUGUUUCUAAUAACCACCACAAAUAUAACCAGUUCAGUGUACAGUACAUGAAUUUGGAGCUUAAGUGGAAGGGAGUUCCUUUUGCAUCAAUGCUUCGCAGACAUCAAUUAGAUUACAAUGACUCAAAUGAUAGUGUACUGAAAGUUGUUCUUGUUCUACUUACAUCCGAUUCCAGUGUUAAGCAAUUUAGAUAUUCGUCAAUUUUUCUUCAGCCAAUUGAUUUGAACCUUGAUGAGGAGACAUUAAUGAAAAUUGCUUCAUUUUGGAGAACAUCUCUUAGUGACUCACCAAGCCAGUUGUUUUACUUUGAUCAUUUUGAAAUCCAUCCAAUAAAGAUCACCGCAAACUUUAUUCCUGGGGAAUUGCGUUCAAGUUAUAGCUCAGCACAGGAGGCUCUGCGGUCCUUGAUUCAUAGUGUGGUUAAGGUGCCUACUGUUAAAAAUAUGGUAGUAGAACUGAAUGGGGUCCUGAUUACCCAUGCACUGAUAACAAUGCGUGAAUUAGUUAUUAAAUGUGCACAACAUUAUUCAUGGUAUGCUAUGAGAGCCAUGUAUAUUGCUAAAGGAAGCCCCUUGCUUCCGCCAGAUUUUGUUUCAAUUUUUGAUGACCUGGCUUCAUCAUCUCUUGAUGUCUUCUUUGAUCCAUCCCGUGGGUUGCCGAAUCUUCCGAGGUUCACUUUGGGUACUUUCAAAUUUAUAAGUAAAUGCAUCAAAGGUGAAGGUUUUUCGGGUACAAAACGCUACUUUGGUGAUUUAGGGAAAACUUUGAGAUCAGCUGGUUCCAAUAUAGCUUUUGCAGCUGUAGCUGAAAUAUCAGACUCCGUUCUGAAAGGUGCAGAGGCAAAUGGUUUCAAUGGAUUGGUGAGUGGCUUUCACCAAGGAAUUUUAAAAUUGGCUAUGGAACCAUCAGUUCUGGGAACUGCAUUGAUGGAAGGUGGCCCUGAUAAAAAGAUAUUGCUUGAUCGAAGUCCUGGAGUUGAUGAGUUAUACAUUGAAGGAUAUAUCCAAGCCAUGUUGGAUACAGUUUAUAGACAAGAAUACCUUAGAGUCAGAGUUAUUGACAAUCAGGUUAUCCUGAAAAACCUACCUCCAAAUCAUUCUCUUAUCAAUGAGAUCACGGAUCGUGUUAAGGAGUUCCUUGUGAGUAAGGCAUUGCUAAAAGGAGAUCCCUCAACUACAUCCCACCCUUUACGCCGCCUUCGUGGAGAAAGCGAAUGGAAAAUAGGACCAACGGUCUUGACAUUGUGCGAACAUCUUUUUGUUAGCUUCGCAAUACGCAUACUGCGAAAGCAGGCUAAUAAGUUUAUAUUCAGCAUAAAGUGGAAAAAGCAGUCAGAGGUUGACAGUCAUGCAGAUGUGCCUGCAAACUCUAAUCAAGAAGCGCAGAAAGUGAAUUUCAUUCGAAAAUGGGAUCGGCAAAUUUGUCUUGUCUGGUUUGUUGGCAUAUAUUGACGGGCGUCUGUGUCGUAGUAUUCCCAAUCCUGUAGCACGAAGAGUAGUUAGUGGUUUUUUAUUGAGUUACAUUGAUCAAAAUGUUGAUGAAUAAAUUCUACAAUUGUCAUUAUUUAGGUUAAAAGGAAAUAGGAUGUAAUGGAUUAAGUCCCGUUUGUGGCUUGACAUGAGCUAGCUCAGCAUGUGCAUGAGAAUAUACGUAACAUACUUGCAUUAGUUUUAUGUUCAAAUUCA